GUGAUGGGAAACCUAGGAGCUUUCAAAAGAAGCCUUUUAUUCUCAGCCUUAUCUUAUUUGGGUUUUGAAGCAUAUCAAGUAUUUUCCCAGGCUGCUGUGGUUCAUGCCAUAGCCAAAGUGUUCAGAGUUGAAGAAAUUCUUGAACAAGCAGACUACCUAUAUGAGAGUGGAGAAACAGAAAAACUUUAUCAGUUGCUGACUCAAUACAAGGAAAGUGAAGACGCAGAGUUACUGUGGCGUUUGGCACGGGCAUCACGUGAUAUAGCUCAGCUUAGUGGAACCUCAGAAGAGGAGAAAAAGCUCUUGGUCUAUGAAGCCCUAGAGUAUGCAAAAAGAGCACUAGAAAAAAAUGAACGCAGUUUUGCAGCUCAUAAGUGGUAUGCAAUCUGUAUUAGUGAUGUUGGAGAUUAUGAAGGCAUCAAGGCUAAAAUUGCAAAUGCUUACAUUAUCAAGGAGCAUUUUGAGAAAGCAAUUGAACUGAACCCAAAAGAUGCUACCUCCAUUCACCUUAUGGGUAUUUGGUGUUAUACAUUUGCUGAAAUGCCUUGGUAUCAAAGAAGAAUUGCUAAAAUGCUGUUUGCAACUCCUCCUAGUUCCACCUAUCAGGAGGCCUUAGGCUACUUUCACAGGGCAGAGCAAGUGGAUCCAAACUUCUACAGCAAAAACUUGCUUCUUUUAGGAAAGACCUAUUUGAAGUUACACAACAAAAAGCUUGCUGCCUUCUGGCUAAUGAAAGCCAAGGACUAUCCAGCACACACAGAGGAGGAUAAACAGAUACAGACAGAAGCUGCUCAGUUGCUUACAGGUUUCAGUGACCAGAAAUGA